AUGAGCGCCCGUACGCCUUCGCGGCGACUGCUGCAGAAUGGCGGUCUCCAAUGUCUUCAUGCGCCAUCCACGACGACAUCAUCGAACCUCGGACGCCGCUCCAUCUGGGGCUUCUUUGGCAAGAGAAAGGACGACAGCGCCCUGAGUUCAAGGGCUGGUGCAGCGUCAAACCCUGUACUGGACCAAUACCUCCGAAAGAAGCCAAAGCCUCAAGGUGCCGAAGGCCUGCAGCGUGGUGACCUCGCCGAGACAUCCAUCUUCGAGCGCGAGCGCCAGGUCCAGGAGCGCGACGAGGAGAAAGAGUCGAAGCAGGAAGCCGCCGGUCGUAAUAUCAACGCCAUGUCCACCGUCCUCGACCCCCACCCUGCAGCGCGCGAACGAUGGGAGCGCAAGAUGCUCAUUCGUGACCUCCGCAAGGGCGGCCGUUUGACCAAGGAGCAGUUCAUCAAGCGCACCGAAAGAGAGAGUGCUGGCAAGAGCGAGAACAUCAAGACGAGUGUCAAGAAGCUGGGUCCCAUCGCACGCCAGAUCGCCGGAAAGACCGUCGACGACGCCAUUGUCCAACUGCGCUUCAGCAAGAAGAGAGCUGCCGUCCCUGUCCUGAACUACCUCGAAUACGCCCGUGACGAGGCCAUUGUCAGCCGUGGUAUGGGUCUCGGUCAGCCUACCGUUGCCGACUCUGCCAAGCCUGUCGACAUUCGCCUCAAGGAUGGCAAAAGACAUACCGUCGAGGAUCCUACAAAGAUCUACAUCGACCAAGCAUGGGUCGGUAGAGGUCCUUACGGAAAGCUGCCCGAGUACCGUGCCAAGGGAAAAAUCAACAUUCUGCACACACCCUGGACCCACAUCGGUAUGGUGCUGAAGGAGGAGGCUACAAGAGUCAGACAGUACAACGACCGCGAGGAUAAGAGGAAGAAGCAGCGUGCUAACAACGUCUGGGUUCCUCUGCCCGACCGACCCAUUCAGGGACAGAGGCAGUGGUACUCAUGGUAG